AAUUAAAAAAGGGGUGUAGAGCCCUGGAGGUCUGGGCUUGGGGAGGCCAGCCUUGGGUUCCGCUUCAAAGGGGCCUGCAUUCAUGUAUUUCAUCACAAUUGUGGCCUACAAUGUACCAGGGGAAAGAGAAUGGUGCUGGCACUCAGCUCACAUGAAGGUGUCUGGAGCCUCGCUGCCUCUGGGGUUUGCACUGCCCUGAUCUGAGGUUUGUUGGACUGAGAGAGAAUGAUAUGGAGCAGUGACAGGGGCCAGGGAAGGUCUGUAUGAGGGGAGACAUCAGUGCUGAGCCCUGCAAGGGAGAUGGAACCAGCCACACAAAAGGCCUGCCAGCCAGAGGGGAGAGCCUUGGGGAAGAGCUUGGCUCUGUUCAACAUGGAAGGGGAGCAGCCGAGAGUGAUGCCCUCUCCAUCGGUGUGGAUCCCUAAGGCACUUCUUGGGUGUCUUGAGUUCACCUCCACCCUCCAGCGAGGCUGCCGAGCUCCAGACGCAGAGAUGCAGAUCUUUGUGAAGACCCUCACAGGCAAGACCAUCACCCUUGAGGUCGAGCUCAGCAACGCCAAAAUUCAGGACAAGGAGGGCAUCUCACCUGACCAGCAGCGUCUGAUACUUGCGGGCAAACAGCUGGAGGAUGGCCGCACUCUCUCAGCCUACAACAUCCGGAAAGAGUCCACCCUGCACCUGGUGCUGCGCCUGCGAGGUGGCAUUACUGAUCCUUCCCUCCACCAGCUCGCCCAGAAAUACAACUACAACAAGAUGAUCUGCCGCAAGUGCUGUGCCUGCCUGCACCACCCCGUGUUGUCAACUGCCGCAAGAAGCGCGGCCACACCAACAACCUGUAUCCCAAGAUGAAGGUCAAAGAAGGCUCUUCCUUCCCCAAAGAGCGGCGUC